AUGCAACUAAAAAGAGCAUUUUUUCAAGCGUUUGCUUGGUCCUCACUUUUCGACCUCGUAAGCGGAGCUCCUGUCUCUUCGAAAAAUUCGAGUUCUAGUCAGACUUCAGCAAGUGCCCUGCCUUCGGUCGCGGAUUGGGCUACCUGGGGAGUUGCUCAGGUUCCAAAUGUUCUGAAUGCCACUGCUGCCGAUGCCAACUCAUUGGCAAAGGGUUAUCGUGUCGUCAAGAGCCACUACACCCAGAAUGGGCUGGAGGCCAAGCUGAAGCUGAUCAACGAGACCAAUAUCUAUGGUUACGAUUUUGAUUCCCUGACUCUCAAAGUGGAAUAUCAGUCUGACAACAGACUUAAUGUUCACAUCGAGCCUACGGAUUUGUCUGACGUGUACGUUUUACCUGAGCAUCUGGCUUUCAAGCCCAAGGCGGAAUCGGAGUUUUACUCUUUCUCCAAUGCUGAUUUGGUUUUCACGUAUGAAAAGGACCCAUUCACCUUCACAAUCCUAAGAGCUUCGUCUGGUGAGGAGUUGUUCUCAACAGCUGGAAAUCCACUGGUAUUUUCCAACCAAUUCAUUCAACUCAACACCUCUCUCCCACUUAACCACACUAUCACUGGAUUGGGUGAGUCUAUCCAUGGAUUCGUGCAGGAACCUGGGUCAGUAAAGACUCUCUUUGCCAACGAUGCUGGGGAUCCAAUUGACGGAAACAUUUAUGGGACCCAUCCAUUUUACAUCGACCAGAGAUACGACACAAAUACGACUCAUGGUGUCUACUGGAGAACUAGUGCCGCCCAAGAAGUGAUUAUUGAAGAGGAAGCUCUCACAUGGAGAGCUCUCAGUGGAGUGGUUGAUCUAUACUUCUUCAGCGGUCCUACCGUAAAGGAGGUUAUCUCGCAAUACGUGCAUGAGAUCGGCCUUCCGGGCUUCCAGCCAUACUGGUCCUUGGGUUAUCACCAAUGCAGAUGGGGAUAUUCCACUAUUCAGGAAUUGGAUGAAGUUGUUAAGACUUUCAAGAAGUUUGAAAUUCCUCUGGAGACGAUCUGGAGUGAUAUUGACUAUAUGGACUCGUACAAAGAUUUCACCACAGACCCUCACAGAUACCCAGCUAAGGAGUUCAAGAAAUUUUUGGAUACAAUUCACGAUGAUCACCAACAUUAUGUUCCAAUUGUUGAUGCUGCCAUCUACGUACCCAAUCCGAAUAAUGCCUCUGACAAUUACACUGUGUUCGAAAGCGGCAAUUCUUCGGAAACCUUUUUAAGGAACCCCGAUGGAUCCCUCUACAUUGGAGCUGUUUGGCCCGGAUACACCGUUUUCCCAGACUUUUUUGCCAAUUCCACGCAGGAAUGGUGGACAGAGUCUUUUGCAGAGUGGUAUAAAACGAUAGAGUUUGAUGGUAUCUGGCUGGACAUGAACGAAGUUUCGUCGUUCUGCGUCGGAUCAUGCGGCUCCGAGAACUACACUCAGAACCCAGUUCAUCCACCUUUCGUGGUGGGAAGUUCUCCUACUAGUUACCCAGAAGGCUUCUCAAAAUCCAACAAGACUGAGUACCAUUCAAUUGAGUCCUCUAUAUCUGCGUCUUCGGCCUCUGUUGCCAAAACUGCGUCUUCCUCUUCCACAGCAACAUCUACCAGCUCUGCUACACUUGAUUCCAAGAACACUCUCGAAACAGGUGUUGGAAAUAUUAAUUAUCCUCCAUACGCUAUCUACAACUGGCAGGGUAAUUACGAUAUUGCCACUCACGACGUUUCACCAAAUGCAACCCAUGCUGAUGGCACUUUGGAGUAUGACGUUCACAACUUGUAUGGUUACACUCAGACCAAUGCUACCUACAAUGCUCUUCUGGAAAUUCAACCAAAUAAGAGGCCUUUUAUCAUCACCCGUUCAACUUUUGCAGGAUCUGGUCAAUGGGCUGGUCAUUGGGGUGGUGAUAACAACGCCGAUUGGCAAUGGAUGUACUUUUCCAUACCUCAAGCACUCUCGUUCGGAAUCUUCGGAAUUCCUUUCUUUGGUGUUGAUACUUGCGGUUUCAAUGGUAAUUCGGACAGUGAACUGUGUUCUAGAUGGACUCAACUCUCUUCAUUCUUCCCAUUCUACAGAAACCAUAAUGUGCUUGGGGCUAUAUCUCAAGAGCCUUACGUUUGGAGUGAUGUGACCGAGGCUGCCAAGACAUCCAUUGGCAUAAGAUACUCUUUGCUCCCUUACUACUACACUUUGCUCCAAGAGGCUCAUACUACAGGUUUGCCAAUUCUGAGAGCGUUGUCAUGGCAAUUCCCAGAAGACAGAUCAUUGCGUGCCGCUGACAGACAGUUUUUCGUUGGUGACGCUCUUAUCGUCACUCCCGUUCUGGAGCCACUUGUGGAUACCGUCAAAGGUGUUUUCCCUGGUUCUGGAGAGACCGAAGUUUAUUACGACUGGUACACCCAGGAAGCCCAGGACUUUGAGGCUGGCUUCAACGAGACUCUGGAUGCUCCAUUGGGUCAUAUUCCUCUCCAUGUGAGAGGUGGCCACAUCCUGCCUUUGCAAGAGCCAGGCUACACAAUUCACGACUCGAGAAAAAAUCCUUUCAGUUUGAUUGUCGCCCUUGAUCUGGAUGGUUAUGCCAGUGGAAAACUGUAUUUGGAUGACGGUGAAUCAGUGAAUAUCACUGAAUCUCUGUACGUUGAUUUCAUUGCCGAAGGCCAUUCGUUAACCUCUGCUGCCUACGGUAACUUCAAUGCCUCACAGCCUCUUGCCAACAUCACCAUCCUCGGAGUGGACUCAAAGCCUUCCAACGUCACGUUUUUGGGUGAAGAGAUUGACUUCUCAUUUGCCAAUAAUACCUUACUGGUCACUGAUCUUGAAGAUUACACUACCGGUGGUGCUUUUGCUGAGGAGUUUGUCCUGACCUGGUGA